GUCAGUUACUACGAGAUCUCUAUUGAUGAUUCUCCGCUGCAGAAGCAGAAGUCUAGUGGCGUCACAAUAGCCACUGGGACCGGGUCUACCUCAUGGUCACUACACAUCAGCGGUCUUUGUCAGGCAACGGUUGCUCAGCUCCUUCGUGUUAUUCAGACUCUGUGUCCUACUGUCCUGGACCCUGCAAUUCGAUCUCCAGACUCUGGGCCUGUAACUGCUGCGAGUCAAGCCCCACCUUGUCUCCUCUCCAAUUUAGAAGCCCCAGGAGCUGAAAAGCUUGAUCAGCUAGCCCAGCAAGCCACAAAGCAAUAUAACUCUACAUUGUUGUUUGGUGCCGAAGAACGUAGAAUGGGCUACACAAUCCGCGACCCUGUACAAAAUGGUGAGUCAUUUGCAUGGCAGUACAACCUCAUUCAGUGA